UACAGAGUCAAGAUGGCUAAAGGUGAUCCGAAGAAGCCCAAGGGCAAGAUGUCUGCCUACGCCUUCUUUGUGCAGACGUGCCGUGAGGAACAUAAGAAAAAGAACCCUGAGGUUCCAGUCAACUUUGCAGAGUUUUCCAAGAAGUGCUCGGAGAGGUGGAAGACCAUGUCAAGCAAGGAGAAGGCUAAAUUUGAUGAAAUGGCCAAGGCUGAUAAGGUACGAUAUGAUAGAGAAAUGAAGGACUAUGGACCAGCUAAGGGUGGCAAGAAGAAGAAGGAUCCCAAUGCCCCAAAACGACCACCGUCUGGCUUCUUCCUCUUCUGUUCAGAGUUCCGCCCUAAGAUCAAGUCCACAAACCCUGGCAUAUCCAUCGGGGAUGUAGCAAAGAAACUGGGCGAAAUGUGGAACAACCUCAGUGAUGGUGAAAAGCAGCCUUAUAACAAUAAGGCAGCUAAACUGAAGGAGAAGUACGAGAAGGAUGUUGCAGACUACAAGUCUAAAGGAAAGUUUGAUGGCGCAAAGGGAGCAGCAACCAAAGCUGCUCGGAAAAAGGUAGAGGAAGAAGACGAAGAGGAGGAGGAGGAUGAAGAAGAGGAGGAUGAAGAUGAUGAUGAUGAAUAAAACUGUACAAUACUUGUCUCCAUGUGAAUACCAUAGAGUAGGGGAAACACCAUAAAUGAAGCACCUCUUAUUUGAGAUGGUGUCUCUUGCCCUUAUUAGGCUUAAUUAAAAAAAAAAAAAUUUGGAUUCCGAUCGCGUUGUAGUUUCUAAAAGUGCUCUAGAAAUUGUAACUGGUUUACAUGAAGUGGCCAUGGGUGUAGUGAGCACCCUGAAACUGUAUCAAAGUUGUACAUAUUUCCAAACAUUUUUAAAAUGAAAAGGCGCUCUAGUGUUCUCCUAACUCUGUGCACUUUGCUGUUGGUGUAACAAAGCAUUUAAAAAUGUUUCAAGCAUUUUUUUAAUUUGUAAGGUGGUGUUACUAUAUGGUUAUUGGCUAGAAAAUCCUGGGUUAUAAACUGUACAUAUCUAUAGUUUGUAAAAACUAGACAGAUUCUUGUGGUACAUGCUUAGAGUUAUGAUGCCUUAGAGGAGCAGUGAUUACUUGGAAAGGCUGUACGUUCCCCGGGGUGCCAUGGCCCAAAGCAUGCACUGUGAGGGUAGAUCUAUUUACACUACAGUGGGCGUCCAUUUAGCUUAAAGUUGUCUUUCUGUAUAUAGUGAAAUAGCAUUCUGCUGCCAUUCUUAGUUGUGGAAGGGGGUUCAGCUGGCAUGAGAAGUGUAUGGAUUUUUUUAGUUAAGUGCGGUAGUUUUUAAACUGAAACUGUAGACAUCUCUUCAUCGUCAACUAAGUGAAGAGCCAGUGCAGCAACUGAAGUUCAAAAACACUCUGUACUUAAAUGAAUUUGCAACGUUCUGUUUUUUUUGUAUGUUUAGAAUGCUGAAAUGUUUUUGAAGCAAAAUAAACAGUAUUACAUUUUUAAAACUGUUCUUGACAACACUCUAAAUUUCUGGUUUAAAAGGAUUUUAACAACAGCAAGAGGUUCAUUUUGAAGUCUGUGGCAUCCCUCAGGGCUGGUGACUUAGGAAACAUUCUGACUCAAGGAUUAAAAUAAUAAAUAAAUAAAUAAAUGGUGGCCAGCCAAAACUGGCUGAAUUGAAAGAGAUGGCUGCUCCAGCUAAUAUGCAAUCGUAACUGUUUAUGGCUGAGUGGCAUAAGAUGCUAUGCAAGUUUGAACUUUAUUACUUGAACUUGGGAGCCUAAAUGAACAUUCAUGACGUAAUUGUUUGUUUGUGUGUGUAUAUAGCAGCAUUCAGAGAUGCAGAGAAAGGUAGGUGGCUAGGAAUGAGGCUGACACCAUGGAAUAAGUAUAAAAGCAUAGUUUGGAUUUUUUUCAGUUGUGUUGGGUAAAUUUAUAGCCCAAAUGCAUUGCUGUACAUAUUAAAAUGUGCCUUUUUUGUCCUGUGUUAAA